CUCUUUUAUAUUUAUCCAAGAACCUACCCGUCUUGUAAGGUAGACAGUUUAUAUGAGAUACAUAUCAUGUCAUGUGUUGAACCCAUAAAUAUCAUAUGUGUUUAUCACAUGUGUUCAAACGGCCCGUCUUUGAAUUCUCCGAGUGGAGCCGAGUCUUGCCGAUGUCUUAAGUCACCCUUAAUUAAUAAGUGACUAACAAUUCUGCUCAUUAGCAUACUCAGUCUAAUCUGCGUACUUAACACAUCUUAUUUUAAGAAUCCGACGAUUUGACACAGUGACGUUUGUUAUGUAAUUGGUAAGGUGUUCGAGAACAGUGAUCGGAAAUAUUUUCGUUCCGUUUGAAUUGUUUUUUUUUGUGCGUUUUAUUUGGUUUUGAGAUGCUGUCGAAAGACUUCGAGCUCACCGACCAACUGUACAACCCAAUCAACAAUCUAACCCAAAUGGAACUGAUGGAGAAAUUCAACAUAGCCUUCUACGAAGGCCAAAACCUGUCAAGGUACGACAUAUCGAAGGUAUUCGAAGAAUACACCCCUUCACCAAAGUUUGAGAAGCCACCAAGUCCAGUCGAAGAAGACCACAUCCCCAUAGACAUCCUGGUGGACUACCUCACAGAACCCGACACCCCAACUGCAAAUUUAGACUUCGAUUUUGACGACCUCAACAAUACCCUGGACUUCACGGCUACAAACAGACGUCAAGCCAGCUUCUCAGAGUCGGAUUCGAUCGCAGACUCUGAAACGUACGUGACAGAUUCGGAUUACAAGUCUGGAUCGGUUAGGGAUGACACGUCUCAGUUUUCUGAGCUUUUCAACCCUGUGCAGUAUCAGGCGGAGAAUAACGAAACGCUGUUGGACAGCCUGGACCUGGAUGACAUUUGCGAGAGUCUAUCCAACAAUUCUUUCGACUUCAAUGAGCUGUCCUACGAUAUCUGCGAUUUCAAUAACGGAGGCCUGUCUGAAAUGGGGACCGAUAGGACUAAUACUGAGUUCAAUCAGUUCCUGAGAACCGUACCAGCUGAUGAUUUGAGUUUUUCUGCCCAGGAAAGUAUAGUGAAGAACGAAUUUGGACAUCUAGUAAGGAACAAAUGUCACAACAACAACGAAACAUCAAAUUUCAUGUUCACAACUGAAAACAAUACGAUGUGCUUUACAACGACUUUAUCAGACAAUCAAGCGGUAAUUCCACAGAACGAAAACCUAAUCAUGAGUGAUCCAUUCUUCGAAACAAGCCUCCUGAAUGACCAUAGUCUACAGUCGAUGUGCCAGGAAGAGAGCUCCCUCAAUUCAUCCUCAGAGAGUGAAGAUGUUAGGGGCCUAUCUUGCAAAUGGGAAAACUGCUUUCAGACAUAUCCCAGCCAAACGAGUUUGGUCAAGCACAUCGAAAAAUGCCACGUGGAAUUCAAAAAAUCUGGAGACGAAUUUGUUUGCUACUGGUUGAACUGUCCAAGGAAGGUGAAGCCUUUUAAUGCAAGAUACAAGCUGCUGAUACAUAUGAGGGUGCACAGUGGAGAGAAACCCAACAAAUGUCCGUUCAAAGGAUGUACGAAAGCUUUCUCGAGGCUGGAAAACUUAAAAAUUCAUCAGAGGAGUCAUACAGGAGAAAGACCAUACUUGUGUCAGUUCCCCAGUUGUCCAAAAAGCUUCUCGAAUAGUUCGGAUAGGGCAAAGCAUCAGAGAACUCACUUUGAUACGAAACCUUAUGGCUGUCAAGUUCGAGGUUGCACCAAAAAAUAUACCGACCCAAGUAGUCUAAGGAAACACGUCAAAAAUCACACAACAGAAGAACAACUACAACUGAAAAACAAAUCCGCAGAAGAGCACCCUCAUAGGGUACCACCAAACAUGUCCUGCAGAUCGGCCGACCAUCAUAAGCGACUCGUAAUCAACCCUACGCGACACUAUACAACUCUUGAGCAUAACUACUCGAAUACACAGCCAGAACAGAAGAAAUCUAUCACGAACGAGAUCAAACGUGAUCUGAAAAAUAAAAUUAGUCAGAGGAAUAAUUUAUUUCUCUUGAAAUAGUACUGACCCAGUAUUUUUGUUAUUUUAAUUCGCCAUCUUACAACAGUUUCGAAAGUGCGACUUUAUGUGAAGUAAUUCUUUUAUAUAUAUAAUAAUAAUAAUAAUUUCAUCCUGUAGGAAACGAAUGAUGAAGAAAAAGGAAUUAAAUUUAAAAUUUGGAUUUGAAUUAGAUGGAACAAUGCAAGUGAGUGAUUUUUUCCGCGAGAAUGUUUUGUUUUUAUUUAUAGUCUUUUGAAUGUUGCAUUGAAAAAUGAUUUGUACAAAUUUUAAAAUAUGUGAAAGAUAUAGUUUUGUAUUGUUGAAAAAAUGUGGAUUUAUUUUUGUUAUCACCAUCAGAACUGUAUAUAUAGGUUUCUGAUGUAGCUACGCUGAGUGUUGGAUUCCAGUCAUUAAUGUUAAGAAAUGAGAAAACUUUUGUACAAAUUUUUUGUAUAUAAUAAAUUUUAUACUUUUCUA